AUGGCAAGUUUUAAGAGCGUCGACGGUUUCUACAAGGCCGUCUCUGGAUGGGACAUCCUCAUUGAUCUUAGCAGUGAGCCACUAACACACGGCGGUGCCACAAUUCCCGAAUGGAGCAACCUGGCCGAGGGCUACAAAUUCAGCACCAGCAACAAAGUUGCCAAGUCCCUGCCGUUUUUUGCCAGCAAUUCUAUCCACAGACCCGACUUGAUCAGCAGCUACCAGAACGCAACUGACUUUAGCGAGCACUUGCAGGUUCAGUCCGAUAGUCUUCUCAGUGAUUUUUUCAAACUUGCCACAGCUUCAUUCGGCGCAAAAGACACCAAGUGGUACUGCAAUAUUCCCAGAAAAGUGGCAGUUCACUGGGUUUUGUCUGGCAACUGCAAGAAUUAA